CUGUAUUUUCCGUACCGUUGAGAAGUUAUUUCUUCAAGUUUUCACCGUUCAUAGCAAUGGACGCACAACAGUUACCAUUUCUAGCGGAGUAUUCUAAAAGCAACCGAGCUUCGUGUCGAUUGUGUAAGCAGAAAAUCGACAAGGAUGUGCUCCGGCUUGCUGCGAUGGUACAGUCGCCGAUGCAUGAUGGCAAGAUAGCCCAGUGGUAUCAUGAGGAUUGCUUCUUCAAGAAACAACGCCCAAAAACCGAGGGCGAUGUAGCCAAUUUUGGGGCACUACGAUACGAAGACCAGAAAAAGAUCCGGGAUGCUAUAGCAUUAUUUGCCCAAGGUGUUGUGCCUGCCGCCGGCGGAUCGAAGGGAAAAGGCAAAAAACGCUCGGCUGGAGAAGCUCUAUCCUUGAAGGAUUUCGGUGUAGAAUAUGCACCGUCCGGGCGCGCCAUGUGUCGAGGAUGCGAAAUAAAGAUCUUGAAGGAUGAAGUUCGCAUCAAGAAAGUUUCGUAUGAUACAGAAGUUGGCAUGAAAUACGGUGGUCAACCGCUUUGGCAUCAUGCAGAAUGUUUCGCUAACCUCCGCUCGGACUUGGGUUACUUUGAGAAGGCCGAAGUACUACCCGGUUACCGUUCAAUGAAGCCUGAAGAUCAGACCAAGUUAAAGCAAUUGCUUCCUGCCAUCAAGGCUGAAGAUGUGCCUACCAAGAAGAUUAAGGAGGAAAUCAAAGAUGAGGUGGACAAAGCAAAGGAAGAUGACGAAGAGAAGCAACUUGCGGAACAGCAGAAAGCUUUCUACAAAAUACGGGAUAAGCUGAAGAAUUUGGGGGUUAAGAAAUCGGAACUCAUUGAAAUUCUCGAGUACAACAAACAGGACGUCCCGGAAGGUACUGAUGCUGUCCUGGAUCGUGUUUGCGAUAUCAUUUUGUUUGGUGCCCUUGAACGCUGCAAAAAGUGUGGUGGGCAGUAUGUUUUGCAAAAAUCGGCGUACGUAUGCAUUGGAGAUCUGACCGAUUGGGUAAAAUGUUUGAACGAAGAAAAAGCCCCUCCUCGCAAGAAGACAAAAAUCCCGACCGCUUUGAAAAAAGCGUACUCAUUUUUGAAGGAUUACAAAUCGGUCGUCAGAGAUCGGGCGAUUCGUUAUGUGCCACCGAGCGCAAGCACGGUACUGAAAAACGUUAAGAAAGAGGAGGGUCUCCCGACGGAACCGAGAGUGAAGAGGGAGAAACCACCUCUUUAUGAUCUAGAGUUUGUCAUACUCGGUAAAACGCCUACACCGAAGGAGCAGCUGAAGUUAAAAAUCCAAAAGCUCGGUGGAAAGGUGGUAACAAAAAUCGCCAGUCAUACCGCCGCUGUUAUUUCCACUCCGGAAGAAGUUGAAAAGAUGGGCUCCCGGAUGCUGGAAGCGAAGGAAAUGCAAAUUCAAGUCGUGCCAGAAGAAUUCAUCGAGUGUGCCCAGGCGGGUAAUGCACUUUCGUUUAUAACGAGCCAAAGCAUAUGCGACUGGGGUUCGGAUCCGCAAACGCGCAUUCCGACCGAGGAAGAAAGCAAAUCACGAUCGAAAAAGAGCAUCUACGAGAAACACGUCCCAUCCACCAUGAAAUUACAGUUAAAGAGUGGGCUUGUCGUCGAUCCAGAUUCUGGACUGGCUGACAAAGCACAUGUCUAUAAGGAACACGAUGUCAUUUACAACUGCGUGUUGAACAAGGUGGACAUCCAGCAAGAUAAAAAUUCCUACUAUAAAUUACAGGUUCUCGAAGCUGAUCAGGGUAAAAAAUAUUGGCUGUUUCGUUCCUGGGGUCGCAUCGGUACCACAAUUGGUGGUACCAAGGUGGAAAGUUUUAAAACCAGCUACGACGCAAUGACGGCAUUUGAGGAUAUGUUUGAGGAUAAAACAGGGCUUGAGUGGGACCGUCACGAUUCUCGUUAUAAAAAGAAUCCUGGUAUGUUCUUCCCUAUCGAGAUCGAUUAUAGUGAGAAAAAGAUGAAACGUUUGGCAGACGAAAGCAAAAUCAAAUCAAAACUGGCACCAGCCGUGCAGGAUCUUGUACGUAUGCUAUUCGACGUAGAUGCCAUGAACCGAGUGAUGCUCGAGUUUGAGCUUGAUAUGGAAAAGAUGCCCCUCGGGAAGUUAUCCCAGCGCCAACUGCAAUCGGCUAUGAAAAUUCUAUCAGAAAUAUCUGAUCUGAUUGGAUCGGGUGGAACGAAUGCGCAGUUUAUCGAUGCUUCGAAUCGCUUCUACUCCUUUAUUCCUCACAACUUCGGAGUAUCAGCCCCGAAGGUACUCGAUACCCUGGAACAGGUGAAGGAAAAACAGACUAUGCUCGAAAGCUUGUUGGAGAUUGAAUUCGCCUAUUCACUGUUGAACUCCGAGGAAGAUGAGAACGGCAAGAAUACCCUGGACGUCCACUAUCAGCAGUUGAAAACAGAAAUCGAGCCGCUCGAGCGUAAAUCAGAAGAGUUCAGUUUACUUGAGAAAUACGUUCGCAACACGCACGCUGCAACGCACACAACCUACGAACUCGAAAUUGAGGAAAUAUUCCGUAUCAAGCGAAAGGGCGAAGAUCGUCGCUUCCAACCAUUCCGCAAGUUGCAUAAUCGUAAACUACUCUGGCAUGGUUCGCGCUUGACCAACUUCGUAGGUAUUCUAACACACGGUCUGAAGAUCGCUCCUCCGGAGGCUCCUGUUACGGGUUACAUGUUCGGCAAGGGUAUCUACUUUGCCGACAUGGUAUCGAAGUCGGCAAACUACUGUUGCACUAAUUCAGCCGACCCGAAAGGAUUGAUGCUGCUGUGCGAAGUAGCGCUUGGCGACAUGCAAGAGUAUACCCAAGCACAUUAUGUUACGAAACUGCCUACCGGCAAGCACAGUGUAAAGGGCAUUGGGCGCACGCAACCAGACCCCACCGCAUCCCACAAACGACCGGACGGAGUGGAAAUUCCACUCGGUACAGGUGUUACCGAUGAGAAAACGAAGAGUUCUCUGUUGUACAAUGAAUUCAUCGUUUAUGAUGUUGGCCAAGUUAACUGCCAGUAUUUGUUCAAGAUGAAUUUCAAGUACAAAUACUAACUUAUUUUCACUUGGACCUGAAUUUUAUAAUCUCAACUAUAUUUCACCACUUCUUGUUCUUGAAUAUCCAAUGUCGAAUUAUGCCUAUUUUCGUGUAAUCCAUGUAACGAAUGAAAUCAUCACACAGUUAUAAAAUAAAACAAAAAAAGCUGCUUAUAAUUGAUGUACCAGGUAGAAAUGUAUUCAGCACCUUUGUCAAGGAUUUACGCCAUAAUAAAAAAACAAA